GCCCAAUUACAAAAGUGUGUGUGUGGUCUAGAAACAAAUAUUUAUGUUCGUCAAUUUAUUUUUACAACUUUACAAACGAAUUCAAAGAUAUUUUAUUAAAUAACUAAAUUAGUUAAACAAUUAUAUAAGAAACAACAAUGGAUGAACAUAAUACCAGCAUGGAAGCAUUAAAGGUGGAUGAGGAAGAUAAUGUCAAAGAAACCUCAAUGGAAGAAGAUAUAUUGGGAGCACAGAGUUUGUUAUUCUCCGAGUCAGAAGAUGAAGGCGAGUCAGGUGUAAAAAAGAACAGCCCUCUGAAGAAAAUCAGCCCGAAUAACUCGAACAGAACCAAACGUAUAGUGGACAGUGACGAUGAGCAACCAAUGGAAAAUAAGGAAAAAAUUGAUGAGCAAGAAUUUAGCAAUGUGAACGAACCAACUACUUUGUCGAAGAAAAAGAUAUCUGCACUUAUAGAUUCUGACAGCGAAAAUGAGGGCACCGAACAUGAUGUCGCAAAACAAAAUCGGCUAAUGUUGGUGGAUUCUGAUUCAGAAAAUGAAUCAAGAGCAGGAGAACCAGAUUCGGCAGGUGAAACUGAUGGCGCUGAAGAUGAUGGAAUCAAACAUAAAAAGAAAAAUAAAGAACAAAAACAAUCUAGAGAGAAUAAAUUGAAGAAAAAAUCCAAAAAGAAAACGUCGUCGGAACAGGAAGAUGAUAGUGAUCUUAAAAAGUCGAAAAAGAAAAUAUCCCAACUGGUGGACAGCGAUUCUGAAGAAGAAAAUUGUGCCAACAGUGGCAAUGAUAGCGAAAUGGAUUUAGAUGCAUCGGUCAGAGCUUACAACUACGAAGAAAACAAUAAUGAGGAGGAUUUGUCAAUAAAAACAAAGGAUAAAAAUAAGAAACCUGUUCGGGCUUCUGCCAAGAAAGCUAUGGAUGAAAUGCAAGCCAUUCAAAGUGAACAACAAAGGCUGCAUCGAGAAGCCAGUAUAAGCAUACCCUACCACAAACCCAAGAAACAUACACUUCAAGAUUUUCUAAAUCGGAGGACAAUCAUUAAACCAGAAGCUCGAAAUAGUAGUCCAAUUGUGGAAGCAGUGCGAUCUAAAAAUUUAAAGAUGUCACAAGAAGAAUUAGAGGAAUAUGCUAAAUUAAUGGAGGAAAGAGCUAAGGAAGCUACAGAAUUCUUUAAAUCCGAAUCAGAAGAUGACGAAAAAGAAGAAUUCAAAGAUAAUGACGGGAUUUUGGAUAAGCCAACUGAAGAAGAUCUCGACAAGACUUACCCUGAAUUUACACCACAAUCAACUGAAAACGUGUCUGAGCCUCUUCAAUUGACCGAAGAGGAAAUGGCAGAGAUUUUAGCGGGAGAAGAACAACAAGAACAAGAAGUUGCGGCAAAGGAUACAAACAAAGAUAUGCCAUCUACUUCAAAAGUUCUUAUAACAGAAGUUAUUGAAUUGCCGAAACUAGAUAUGAACACAGUGAAAAUUAGUCCUGUAAAGAAGCCUCCACCAAAACCACAACAGACACCUAGAAAUUCUUUAAAUAUAAAACAGAUUUUGGCCACAAAAAAUCUUAAAGAUAGCCCUUCACUAAGCGGCGAUCCAAAUAAGCUAAUUGAUUUAGAGACUGGAGAUUUGGUAGAACGAAAACCAACAGGAGUGGAAAAUCUUAUGAAACGUUUAAUGUGUAAUGCCAAAGGACGAAAAUCUAAAACCAAUGAAGUUUGCAAUAUCCUAACAACGGAUAAUGGAAAACUUGAAAUAACAAAAGUUAAUGUUAGUCUUACUGAUGAGAAAGAUCCAACUACAAGUGAACCAAAACCGCGUGCAGCCUACUUUGAACUGAAAAAGAAUCUCAAAGAAAUAAUAAAAAAGAAAAGACUGGAAGAAUUGCAUAAGAAACAGGAAGAUGAAGUAGAGCACAGUAAGUGUUUAGAAGAAGACGAUGAAAUGGAUCAAGAAGAAUACGAGCCAGAAUCAAAACCCCACAAAAAGGCUAGUGAGUUAGAGAUCGACGAUGAAGAAAAUCCCCUGGAAGAAGGAGAUGAAGAAGACGACGAAGAAGAAAAUGAAGACCAAGAAGAAAAUGAAAAUGAUGACGAAGAAGAUACAAAAUUAAAAGUGAAAGAUGAAAUCGAAAUGGAUGAUGAAGAAAAUCCUGUGGAUAGUUCAGACGAAGAAGCUUAUGAUGAUGCGGAAGACGAAGAUGAUGAUAGUGACGAUGACAACGAUGACGAACUAACCGAAACAAAUCCUGAAAAUAAAAUCAAACGUACACGUAUUAUAAAAACAUUUGAGGAUUCCGAAGAAGAAGACGUUGACAACGAUGAUAGAGAUUUUCUUAAAACACAGCCACCACAAACCCAACCAAACAUAUUCGAUACACAAGCAUCCACAAAACCAGAUGAAGAAAGUGAGUUAAUGGGUUUGUGUUCCGGAACAUUUGAUAUUACCCAAAAACCUCCAUCGCCCAAUGCUUUGAUGUCACAAAUACCUCUAACACAAAAUCAAGGCAAACCACUGGAUGAUGAUGAAUUAAUGGAAUUGUGUUCUGGUACAUUUGAGGAGGCAGUGGGCGCAACUCAGCAGACCGAAGUCAAAGGGGAGGUCCAGCAAUUAAAGUGCAAUAAAAUUUUAUCAAGCGACGAAGACGAUGAGACAACAACAAAAGCACCGAGAACCAAAAAGUUAACCAAGAAGUUAAAGAAGAAAGCAGCCAAGCUCGGAUUCUCAGACGAUGAAGAAGAAGAGGAGGAAAUAGCACAAGGCGGUAACAGUGACGAAGAAGAUGAUGCAGACGAGGAACAAGAAGAAUUACCCGCAGAUGAUGAACCUGCUACAUUUGUGGAUUAUGACUCGGAAGAAAAUGAAAUUGUUGUGCAAAUGACCAAGAAAGAUUGUCUCAAGAAGGCAGCAAAUUUCUUGGAAAAAGAAGCAGAGCUUUCCGAAUCUGAGUGGGGUAGUGCAGAUGAAGAUGAAAAGAAUCUGGAUAAAUACGACAUAGAAUUGGGUGAUGAAGACGAAUUCGACAGAGAGAAAUUACGUUCUGAACUGGAACAAAUACAUGCACGAAAAAUGUUGGAUGAUGACUUGCGCGAAGUGAGAAAAAUUCAAGAUAUGCUCUUUGAAGAUGAAGAAAAAGAUGGCGUGGGUCGUCAGAGACAGUUUAAAUGGAAGAAUGCUGAAAGUGGAUUUAGUCUGGACGAUGGACCGAGAGAUGAAAAUGGCGAAGCUAACAAUGGUGGUGAUAGCGGAGAUGAAUUGAAUGAGCAUCAAUGGCGUAAAAUACGCUACGAGAGGGAACAGUUUCUUAAGGAGAAUGGCCUUAAACCAGAUUCCCAAGAUUUAUCUGCCACCAUAACAAAUGCAACACUAAAUGCCACAAACUCUACCACAAUGGCUAACGUCUCCCUAGCAACUAAAAAGAUACAAGUUAUUACUGCAAAAAAGACUUCUGUAAAAAGUAAUGAUUCUACAACGGCUACACCGUUCCUAAUCUCGAAAGGCAUAGCAGCUAUGAAUAAGAAAACUGUGCGUGGCUCUUUUCUUGUACGUGACAAAGAAACUCUGAGUAAAUUAGCAGGGCUUACUAAGGGAAGUGCCGCCAUGGCCAAUCCCACUGGUGAUGAUGCAGCUGGUACUGUUUCAAUAAAAAGUAUUAAACCCAAAAAUUUUGUCUUUGCAACACUCACCGAAGAAGAACAUGAGAAUAUGAAACGCAAAGCAGAUGAUUUAUUAAAUAGCAGCAAUGAAAAUGGCACAAAUUUCAUGAAGAAACCAAAAAUAGAACCGCGCCGAGAUAAAUGUUUCAUCGAUCAGUUGUUGUAAAGAAACGGAGUUGGUGCUGAAAAAAAUAGAACGAGUGGUUUGUGAUAAAUGUAAGAUAGUUCAUGCAUUUAAUAUUAAAACAAGGGCCUGCUUUUGGCAGGAAAUUUUUUAUGAAAAAUGUACAGAUAUCUAUUAAAUUUUUAAUGUUAUACAAA